CAAAUGUACAAAAAAGUACAGAUCCUGUACAGAGGUUCCUUCUUCGGGCAUAUACACCGUUCAACCGGAAAAGCCCUUCAAAGAAUCAAUGAGCGUGCUGUGCGAUAAAAAAUACGACUCGGGCGGCUGGACUGUGAUACAGCAUCGCUUUGACGGAUCGACAAACUUCUACCGCAAUUGGAAAGAGUAUAAGAAUGGGUUUGGAAAUCUGGACGGUGAGUUCUGGUUGGGUCUGGAUCGUAUUUACCACCUGACAGUAUCCGGGCCGCAUGAGCUGGUCGUUCUGUUGGAAGAUUUCGAAGGCAAUAAGACGUACGCCAAAUACGAUCAGUUCGAGAUUGGAGAUGAGAGUCAGAAGUAUGAAGUGACAAAGUUAGGUGGAUAUUCCGGAACGGCUGGUGAUUCUUUCAGUGGUACCAGGGGUGUGAAAUUUUCAACAUUCGACGCGGAUAAUGAUACAUGGGAUAAGCAAUGUGCAGUCAUAUUUACCGGCGCCUGGUGGUACACCAAUUGCCAUUCGAGUAAUCUCAAUGGAAAAUAUCUUCGAGGGGAAAUAAAAGAAUAUGGAGUUGGAAUGUCAUGGUUCACUUUUCGAGGACAUUACUAUUCUCUCAAAAGUUCAAAAAUGAUGAUAAGACCUAAAAAGGUUUAG